ACAAUGACAGCUGCAGACAAACUUGAGUCCAGUCAUGGGCGACCUGAUUCGGGUAGUAAUGGCGAUUCGAGUUUACCCGAGAGACCGAGAUCCCGGACAAUGCCUGUUUAUUACACCUCAAAUGAAUCGAAUACGGUGAAAAAAUUAAGAAGAUUUCAAGAGCAGUCGGUUGUUUCCGAGCUAGCCGAUUCUCGAGAAGAGAAAAAAGUCCAUAUCGCGGAUCUUCAAAGUGAAGCUAAAAAAGCAAUGAGGAAAGUACCUCUGGAUAUAUUGACAACUGAUUGGUUCAUAACUACAAUUGACACAGUCGAGUUGCGAUCAUACAUCACAGAUAAAGUACUGCCACAACUUGUGCUGGGGUUGGAAAAACUACUCAUGGAAGCGGACAGAAGAGGCUUGCCAUAUAUUGCAGAGAAAAAAGCAGCUACGCUGGAAAUGGACGUGGAGAAAAGAAUGGAGCUGAAUAAGGUCGAGGCGAUCAUUGGAAGUUUGCGGGGAGACAGUGUAAGAAAAGAAGACUAUCCCUCGUAUGACCCAAAUUUUAACCCCUUGAAUUUUCUUGCGAGGUAUUUGAUGCGCAACAAUCCGCGGUUCAACAAUCAGUCGGAAAAUUCGCCGUAUGCGCGUGGUCUCAGAGCGAUCAGUCACCAACUGCGCCAAAAAGUUUUCUCAUCCGAAGAAAACAGGCUUGCAGCGAUUAAAAUGGAGGCAAGAAAGAAGCGUGAAGAGCGCGAGGAACGUGAGCGAGAACGGUUGGCUGAAAAAGCGCGCAAAGAGUCCCAACUGGAAUACAUUUUCUUCAGCUGGGUCUACUCAAAAGCCAACAUGCCUCACAAAGAUGAACGCGAUCCGACCGAGCUGGUACAACUAGCUUACGUUCAAAAUGUCAUGCGCUCUUUCGAGGAACUGGUUCGAAAAUUGCCUGUCGAGAUGCAAGAUAACGCAAAGUUUGACGCCGAAAUUGAGCAAACAGAUAUCAGUGGACGAACCCUCGACAAAUGGCAGUUCCGAGCGUAUGGGAUGAAGUAUGUGCAGAACUUCUCGCCUGACAUGUUCGAUCUGUUCAUGUCUCAUCUGACCAUGUGUGCAGAUGCAUACCACGAAGCGAACAGAGUCACCAGACGGCAGAAGAUAUACACUGACUUGUUCAACUACCUCGACACCAAAAUCGGCUACAUCAAUAGAAACAUAGUGAUCCAGUUGCUGCAGAUGUUCUGGAAGAAAUGCGAUAAAGAGAAGAGAAACAAGUUGAGAGAUCCAAGGAAAUGGCCUGUCGUGGAGAUUAAAGAGUCGGAGGAAGACGCUGAAGAUCCGGUGGAUGAAAUAGAAGUGUCCAAAUUAGAAGAGGAAGAGGUGAAAGAGGGCGAAGGGGAGGAGGAGGAGGACGUGGGGGCAGGUGGUGACGCCACUGCCUCAACAGGGGAGGAGGGGCAGAAUGAGGGCGAUGAGAGUGGGGAGACUACGGCAGAGGAGAAACAGUCUGCUGUGGAAGAUUCGGUGAACACCCAAACUGGCGAGGAAGAUGCAAUUGCGCCGAACGAAAAAGCUGCAGACACUACUGAAAACUCCGAGGAAACUGGACAGGAGAAAAAGGAUGCAACAGAGGAAGAAGGAGGAGGGGGUCAACAAGAGGGAGGAGAUGGGGAGGAUGAUGAUGAUUUGGAUGAGACUGCGUCUGUGAAGGAGCAGAGGAAUAUAGUGGAGGAGAUCAGAAAGGCUGAGCUGGAAAGGGAGAAGACUGGAGCAGCGCGGAACGAUAACCAUUUAAUUGUCUACAUACAUAAGUUGCGUGAAGUUUUGCCGCGGGAGCAGACUGAGGCGUUCAAUGAGAACAUGUUGAGCAGUGACCAGUUCUCGCUCCUGAUUGAGAACUUCCUGGGGGAGGGGUGUGAGGACAAGCUACUCUACUCUUUCAUAUCUUACAUCAGCACAUACUACUUGGAGGGGGAGGAGGACAAGCUGUACAGAAUAAACAAGUUGAACUCGGACGCGAAGGAGAGGUUUGGCAAGUACAUACUGGAGGCCCUCUUCUCCACCUGGGACAUAGAUGGAAAGGGCUACGUGGAGUUGCCCCACUUCAUCUCUGUGGCUGAGAAGUACAAGGGAGGUGCCGAGCAGGAGGCGCUCGAACUGGGCCUGGAUGACUUCGGAGCUGUGCCGGACAACCAGCUGACACAGCCAAUGUUUGUGGACCUGGUGUCCGACAUCAUCCAGCAUCUGGCAGGGGGAGAGGAGCAGCUGCAGUCAUAUGUCCAGUUCCUCACAGACUCGGUGGAUAAGUCACACGAAGAAAAGAUCAGAGGAAUGGCGAGGAGAAAAUGGCUGGAGGAGAUAACAGCUGUAGCUCACUCAACCGGAGACAUGGAAACAGUCUACAGGGCCGUGUUCAAUGCACUCUACAAGGACGCAGAGGCUCACGGUAGAAACAAAAAAAUCUGCUCCAACGUCUGCAUGUUGGAAUCCAACCCAGCUGCAGACGAUGACUCCCCAGACAUCCCGUCUAAACUCCUCAGAUGUGUGGCCGCAACAUCGGAUGAUGCGCCUUUUAUGUUGGGAGAACGCAUAACGGAGACGGAGGAAAAUAUAUCGUUUCCCGCGAUGGCCCAGAAGGAGAUGAUUCAUGUGCCUAAAGUGAGGUCACACGGGUCUGUGCACUACUGGAACCCAAGACGGAGUGACAGGGACGGUAGCCUGAUCGUGUGCCCCAUUCUGGACAGCAGGAGGAGUGCCUAUGGCACCCUGGCAGUGGACACUCUGAGGACUCAGAACAAGGAGAACAGGAUAUUCCUCCAACACGAACUCGCAUUCGUGCAGGGUGUGGCUCAGAAGUUCCACGAAGCAUUUUCUCUGAUUGACAUGAAGCGCAGAAGUCUUAAAAUAGUGGAGAGCUGUAUCAAGUGGAUCAAAGACAACUGCCCGACAGUGAAGGAGGUGACAUUCUACCUUGUUGAGAGUAACCCACUUCAAGUUGAGUCACCAUUCACUCUCAGGAUGAUGUGUGGAUCUGAUUAUGACGGCAAAGUUACUUACUUCAAGAAGACAAAGGCCCUUGCUCUGAGGGACAACAUGUUCAAGGAGUACCUGUACAAAGCCGUGAGUAACUCGGAGACGGUGAUUGGGGAAAUGUUGAGCCAGUUCCACAUGGCUUGUCCCAUCAGAGAUCCAGAUGGAUUUUCCAAGGCUGUUAUGGAUAUCAAUCUUGGCCAAACAGACACUCUUAACAAGAUGGAGAAGAUUGAGCUGACUAGACUGUUGAGUAUCCAGCAGGAUGCGUUCCACUACAUGACAGAGGAGGCACAGGGCAAGACCACCACUCACGCCGCAUUGGAGAUUGAGAAGGACAUGGGUGCCCUGAGUGUUGAGAUCCUGUUCGAGAGGAUGAUGCUGCUGGAGAUGAGGAGUCUGGUCAAGGAGAUCGGAGGAGAGACGUUCGCUGAGAUGAAGAGCUACAACCAGCCACCCGAGACAGCUGUGCAGAUCGUGGACAUCCUCAUUGAGUUGUUCCUAGCGAAGAAUAAGGAACAGUUUAACAACUGGAACUCUAAGAAAUUGGUUCUGUCUUCGGAAAUGCUGAAAAAAGUGGCCGCAUUUGACCCCACUGCUCCGACGACUCUAGAUGUGACAGUUAUGAGGAAAAUGCUCAAUGAUAUUUCGAAGGACCGUCUGUCAGUAAUGGGACCCUUUCCAGCUCAGACUCUCUUCAACUGGCUCACAGUCUCAAUCUCUCUAAUGGAGCAUGCUAACAACUUCCGAGUAGCAACUACCGAGGCAAAGAAGAAAAACAAAACCAAACUGAACAGCUCGGGAGAUGAGAAAGAUAAUACAGAUUCGAAUGAACAGGAAAAAGUCGAAGCUACCGAAUAGUGAAUGGGUUAAGAGCAACGGUGAAUUUCAGACUCUUCUGUAAAUAAAUCGCAUAAAUCAUUCUAUUUCGAAUUUCAAAUCGUCUUUAGCUAAAGAAUGUAAAAAAAGUCAUUGUAAAUGUACAUGGUAUCAUAACUUACUAAUAAAUUGUAAAUAUGUACAAACGGUGUUUCAUUCAAAUAAAUCAAAGAAAGUUUCGGUAUUAAAAGUCUUUA